UAAAAGUCAAGCCAAGGCAUACGCAUAUCAAAAUAAUAAAUAAUCUAGGAGCUGAAAAUGGGUACACUUAGCAAUUCUCUAGGCUUAACAGUUAAUUCCUCCUGCAGGACAUGUCUCAAAAAUAUAAGUGACAACGAGAUGAAUCAUAAUAUAUUCGCAACACCAGGUCUUCCAGAGAAAAUCUGUGCGUGCUCAACAUUGUCCAUCCAUCCAGGAGAUGGCCUUCCAAUAAGUUUAUGUGCAUCAUGUUUCAAGAAGAUUGACGAUUUUUAUAAAUUUCAACAAGAGUGUAUCGCCGCACAGGAAAAGUUCUUCGAGUACGUAAGUAAAGACAUAAAACCAUGUUUGACUGAAAUCGAUUUAAACCAAAGUGUGGAGUCUGGGCUGCCGCCGCCUUUUGCGAUAAUCAAAAAAGAAAACUAUGAAAAUGAUAAUGCUCCAUCUACUUCAUUCUUGGCCCUUCACAAAGUUGAAACUGAACUAAAUGACUCAGCAGAAAGCAGACCAAUUCAUAUUAAUACAAAAUCCAAGGAAAUCACCACACGCCCUAUGAAAAGAGUAAAGUUUGUAUGCGAAUUCUGUAGGAAACCCUUUAUGCUAAAGACCGCUUUCGACUUGCAUAUGCGCAAGCAUCAAGGACUCAAAUCAUUCCCUUGCCCGUUUUGUGAUUUGGGAUAUAAUUUCCAAAAAUAUCUUAAAAAACACAUGAAAUCCAAGCAUACAGAACCGAUUGAUGCAAAAUUUGUUUGCACCGAAGAGUAUUGCGACAGACUAUUUACGAGUAAGAAAUUUGUGCUAGACCAUUUAAAGGACAAACAUGGGAUAGAUGCCAAACAAAGACCCAAACAACCCUUCACUUGUAAGGAAUGCGAAAUAAUUCAGUCGAGCAUGGGUGGUCUUAUACAACAUCUCGCCGAGCACAGAGCCCAGAGAGAGAUCGAAUUGAAAGACCCUAACUUUAAAAAAACCUUUCCGUGUCAGUUUUGUGAUAAGGUUUUUAAAAGAGUGGAUAAACGUGAAAGGCACAGAAUAUUGAUUCAUGAGGGUCGGAAGGAAUUUAAAUGCUCUUUUUGUCACAAACGGUUUUCCACAUCCUCCCAUAAACUACGUCAUGAAAUGAUCCACACUGGAGAAAAACCAUAUCAGUGCACCGUGUGCCUUAAGAGAUUCAUCCAAAAAGUUUCUCUUCAAACACAUAAAUGCCCACUUCAGACAACGUUAUGUAAUGUUGAGCAAAAACCAAAACCAAACAAAUCUAAAAAAUGAAGCAUAUGUAUAUAAUUAUAAAAUGUAGAAUAAAUAAAAUGAGUGUAUUGAAA